CGUCCGUACGUGACACCAGAAUCCACAGUAAACACAAAUGGUCGCUACACCGAGAACAAGCAAGCUAACGACUACCUGAGCAGAAAGGGGAUGGAUGCUGUCAACAAGAGACUGCCUGUCAUAUUGCAGGAAUUAUCCAGGACCAGUUUGAGGAACAUUCAGUGAUGUGCGUGUCCCAUCUGGCGUAGCUUGGAGCCUUUAGCUGAACCCCAUCCCUCUCCUGUCGCUGUUUCCCCCCAACGACCUCCACCAACGCCACCUCCUUCCUCGUCCACCUCCUCUUCCUCCCUCCGGCCACCCCUGUGAUGCCUCCCUCGUGCUGUGGCUGCCUGUCACAGUACACCCAUCAUCAUCUGGUUGCCUUCUGCCUCACCUUCUUUAGCUAUGUGUUGCUGCAUGCGUCCAGGAAGACAUUCAGCAAUGUGAAAGUGAGCAUCUCAGCCCAGUGGACGCCAUCCGCCCAGAAUGACAGUGCGGCUGCUUUCUCCCCUGGUCAGACAUGGGAGGACAAUCAUCUGUUUGCAGAUGAAAAGCAGGCCACUCUGUUCCUGGGAGCUCUGGACUCCAUCUUCCUCUUCUCAUACGCCGUGGGUCUGUAUUUCAGCGGCGUGAUCGGGGACAGACUGAACCUGCGCUACGUGCUCUGCUUCGGCCUGUGUGGCUCCGCUGCAGUGGAGUUUGUGUUCGGCACUUUGACUGAAUGGCUCCACAUCUACAACAUCUAUCUGUACUGCAGCCUGUGGGUGCUGAACGGCCUGCUGCAGUCCGCCGUCUGGCCCUGCGUGGUGGCCGUCAUGGGCAACUGGUUCGGCAAGACGGGGCGUGGCUUUGUGUUUGGCCUGUGGAGCGCGUGCGCCUCUGUCGGUAACAUCCUGGGCGCCUUCUUGGCAUCCAGCGUGCUCAAGUAUGGAUACGAGUAUGCCUUCCUGGUGACCUCAGUGGUGCAGUUUGCAGGUGGGGUGGUGGUGUUCUUUGGCCUGCUCACAUCUCCAAAAGAAGUCGGUCUGAGUUUGGAGUCAGAGACUGGACUCAGCCCUGUGGAGACGGACACAGACAGCCACAGACCUCUGAUGAGCGAUGAGGAUGAUGAGGUGGAAGCGGAGGCGUACGCCAGACGAUACCAGUCAGUCCAGCAGCCGGACGAACCUCCGGCCGAGUCCCCUCAAGCUGUCAGCUUCUUUCAGGCUUUCUGUCUGCCUGGAGUGCUGCCUUAUUCCCUGGCGUAUGCCUGUCUGAAGCUGGUCAACUACUCCUUCUUCUUCUGGCUUCCUUUCUACCUGAGCAACAACUACGGCUGGAAGGAGGCCGAGGCCGACCGUCUGUCUGUGUGGUACGAUGUCGGAGGAAUCAUCGGGGGAACACUUCAGGGUCUGAUCUCUGACUUCAUGGGAAAGAGAUCACCGGUGUUGGCCAUAAGUCUGGCGCUAGCAAUGGGAGCUCUGGUGGGAUACAGCCACUCGCCUAAUGACCAGGUGAUUAACGCAGCGCUGUUGGCCACCACAGGCUUCUUUAUCGGCGGCCCAUCCAACAUGAUCAGCUCGGCCAUAUCUGCCGACCUGGGGAGACAGGAGGCUCUCAGGGGCAGUCAGGAGGCUCUGGCUACCGUUACCGGCAUAGUGGAUGGAACUGGAAGUAUAGGAGCUGCUGGAGGACAGUACCUGGUGUCCCUGAUUGAGAGCAAGCUGGGCUGGAUGUAUGUCUUCUACUUCUUUGUUGUCAUGACAGGGGGCAGCAUUGUGUUCAUCACUCCGCUGAUCCUCAGGGAAGUGCGAGCCAUGUGGAGAGACAGACGAGCGCUGCACCGCCAGCUGUGAAAGCCUCAACAUCUGCCAGGCAUAAUGUUUUCUCUUAUCGGGGCUUAUCACAGCAGGGCUGCUCAGAGUUUCGAGAUGCGAAAAGCCACGACGGUGAAGGUGCCCUGGAGUUUUCAAGAGCCGUAGGUUUGUCUCUUAACACCCAUGUGCACAGACCAAGACUCUUUGAACACAACACUGACGUCUUAUCCACUCACUAAAAGCCUAAAAUGUAAAUGUACACCUCCUGUAGGAUGAAUGCAAGGAUUUAGAGCUGAAGUGCCUGAUUGAAAGAAGCUUUCAGGCCUCGCAGGGCCAACACAGAAUUUACUCGUGUAUAUAUUUUAGGUUUUAAACGGUUGUAAAUACUUUUUUACAUGCACUAUAGUUGUACUUGAAUCUAGAUUAAUCAAUUUAAACUUUUAACCCAGAAGUUCUUAACUUCAGGAUCAGGCCCUCGGGAGAUAUUUUGGGGUUCAGAAUUGCCUAAAGAAUGUGAUUUAAUAAUUGUAAUGUUGAAAUAUAUUGUCAACUUUUGUACAUAUGUAUGAUAUUUUAGUUGUUUUUGGUUGAAAUGAUGAAUAUUGCACUCUUGAAGUCUUACGGUAAUUAAGCAAAGUCUGAAAAGAUUUUAGUGAUCAGCUUAGGUCUCAGCUGGGUUUUGGGAAACUUUCGCCUCACAGCCACUUUCUUUCUCUCCUUUACAUUUUAAUGUAAUCAGGGUCAGAAACUGUACUGUUAAGUGUUUUCUUCGGGGGGCAGGGUCCUCUCAUUACUGUGUACGUGUCAGUCUGACUUGAUAAUUGCUCAUCAUUCCAGUUUCACUUUUUGUUCACUGGAAUGUUUACUCCUCCAUUUUUAGUGUCUUUAUCUCUCACCUUUGGUUUACAGUGCAGCGACACAUUUCAGUGUGAACUACACUGACUCUUCAGAAAAAGCUUUGUCUGAUUGUAGCAGAGGCUGCACAUUCGUUUGUUUGAUGAACUUGACUCAGUCUGUCUGUUAGUUAUUACAUUUUAACAACCAUUGAAGGUAAAACAGUUCUCUUUUUAUGGUGUAUUUACUGACAUAUAAAUGGUGGGAAAAUUAUCGUACAACACCAGCCUUAUGCUAGUGAAUGUUUGGACAAGUUAUCUACUUUACGGGACACUGUGGUCCAUAACCAGCCAACAUUUGGAGAAUGAUUGCUUUUGGUUCAAAUCAGUAAAACUGUAGAAUUGUCGACACAACAGGUCAUUUGUUUCCUUGCACAGAGAUUCACAAAUCAUCAUGUAAAUUGCUUUUAACAUGUGGGAAGAGGGGUAUUAGGGCAUGUUUAUAUUAUUGUCAAACCUGGAGAGACGGAGCUUAAAGUGAGACUUGCCAAGCUCAUGUAACAGAAUGUAAAUUGGAAUGUGUUACUCUACCUGUGGUGUAUUUUUAAAUUUGUUUUAUUUUUAUUUAUGUGUACUUUUCAAGUUUUAACCAAUGUAAAUGCAAUUUUCCUGUGAAAUAAAUGCAAGUUACAUUUUGCAAAAUCCGA